AUGCUGGCACUCACAGAAUGCAACACCGCCAGAUCUCACAUUCGGGCUGCGAUGGUAGAGAACCCUGUAUUAGAUUGGACGGAUGUUCUGCCCGUGGAUGGCACCCUGAAGAUCGACGACAAUCAGGCCGCCAAGCUGGCGAAGACUGGGCGGCCUAAGGCGACCGAUCCGCUCGAGCGGAGAAUGGCGACACUUGACUCGUUAAUGGCCUGCAGAAGCGACAUCUUUCAAAGACUGGAACACUUUUUCGACCCGUUCGCAAGUCCCUUGCUCUUCUUCCGCACGCCGUGCUUCGAUCUGCCUCAUCAGCAACAGAUGCAUUCUCGCGCCCCUCCGCCAUUGGCGUCGAAGAAUUCAGCAGCUGCCGAAUCACAGGCAGAAGCAACCCAUGUCAUCGAGAGAAAGAGGACAUACAGAAGAGCUCAUCCGCCCCAAGGCUCAUCUCUUGCCUUGCCAUCGAUUAGGCUUACAACGGGCAAGGACUGGGUCCUCAAACAUCAAGCGCAGGAGCUAGCGAACUACAUGCGAAGUAGUAACAUUCGGGCAAAGAAUUCGUUCCCACAACUCAACGACCAAGCAAUCGAGCCAGAGACAACGGUUGAAGAAAAGGAAGACUUAGGACUCUGGGACAAACAAGACGUGAUCAGGGCUGGUCAUUGGCUUGGUGAGAUGUUGAGGAAGCGUUGA